AUGGACAAAGUCUACGUUUCGGGGUUGAAGGCGCUGCGGGGUGCGAUGGUAACAUUCAUCAAGGAGCACGUCGCUCUGAAACGGUCGGGCCAUGUCGGACUUGCUCGCGACGCCUGUGACGACGACGGCGAGGAGCCCCCUUCAGCAUCCCAAGCAGCCGUGGUCGCGGACACCCGCGGAGAGGCCACAGGCGGCGUCGACGACGCAGAUGGGGAGGCAGGAAGGGCGGUGCCGCGGACCGGGGAUCAGGAAGAGGAAAAGGAGGGGGAGGAGGAGGCGGAGGAGGAGGAGGAGGCGUCCACCGAUGAUCGGGAUGAUAACGAGGAGGAGCGUGAGGAGCGCGAGCAGGGGCAGGAGGAGGACGAGGAGGACGAGGAGGAGGUGGAGGAGGAGGAGGAGGAGGAGGAGCAGGGGGGGCGGCGGUGGCCCCGCGGCGUCGGCGAGGUGGGUCCUGGUGGCUCGCAGAGCAAGGGAGCCGAUGGGAGCCGCGGCGUCGGCGAGGUGGGUCCUGGCGGCUCGCGGAGCAAGGGAGCCGAUGGGAGCCGCGGCGUCGGCCAGGUGGGUCCUGGCGGCUCUGGGAGCAAGGGAGCCGAUGGGAGCCGCGACGUCGGCCAGGUGGGUCCUGGCGGCUCUGGGAGCAAGGGAGCUGGGAGCGGAGGUAAGAGCGUGGUCGACCAGCUCAAAGAGAAAGGGGCCAGGGUGAUAAGGACGCACAGCAAGGGCGAUGGAAUCAAGAGUGCGGAGGGGGGCCCAGCCGACCAGGUUGCCGCUCAAGAGGCUGGACCAACUGCUUCGCCAUUGGUGGCCGAGAAGCCCCCCAGUCUAGCAACCGCACCAACGGCGAUAGAUGGCGGCGCCGAAACCGUGAAGGGGCCGUCUGGGGGGGUGACGGGGACCACGUCGAUUCCCCGCAAACCCCCUGCGGCUAGCAGCGCGCCGGUCGCCCCGUCAGCCGCCAAGAACGAUGGGCCGUCCCUUGCGGCUACUCCAGCACCAGCAUGCCCGUCUGCCGCCAAGGGCGACGCGAAGGAUGAUGCGGCUAGCCGCCCUGGUCCGUCCGCCCCAAAGGCGAACGCGCUCUUGGAAAUGCUCCGCCGCAUGGAGACCCAUCGCCCGGGCGUGCAGCCGCCUCCCGUGGUCGGUGCCGCUCCGGCCAAACCAGAACGUCGCUCGGUCGCUCCCCAGGUCGGCGCCACAACGUCCAGUGCCCCACCUACCGCGCCUAACAUCGCCGCCCGUCCCCCUGUGGACCCCAAGUCCGCCCUGCUUCGCGCCCGGUUAGGCGCACGUACUGCGGCAGCGCCAGCACGGGCUCAGACAGAAGCCGGCUCAAGCGCGACGCUGACGUCGGUAACCGUAGCUGCAUCCUCGCUCGGUGCAGCUACUGUCGAGGCGGUGGCGGAGAAGGGCGUGAGUGCAGCGCUAGCCACGGGCGGUCGAUCCGUCGACCCUGCACAGGCGGCGAAAGGCCAGCGCGACGCCGACAUCGAUGCCAUCCAGGACCUGUUGGAAGCGGUAAACCGCCCCGGGCAGCCCCCUGUUCUGGCCAUCUCGGACUCGGCGCAUGUGGAGCACCCGGCGAGUCCCCCCGGUAAGACGACCACUGCUGCUGUGGUGGGUCAUGGCAUCCACCGCGACACCGCGGGCGACAAGCAAGGGUGGGUGGGCGAGAUUAAGGUGGCCGGGAACGAGAGUAGAUACAUCGGCAAGUCGCGCGACAAGAUGGAGCUGGCGUACCUCCACUCGAUUGUGUACCUCCUUUACGACGGUUACGUCAGCAAGAUUCUCAUGGCCGAGCUCACCGGCUUGACGGAAACCAUGAUGAAGCAGUGGAGGGCGGUGUGGGAGGAGGUCAGGUUCUUGCCGACCGGGAUGUGGACGGUGAUAUGGGCAAGGGGCGCUUUCCUCCCAAAGACCCGGUUCGAUGACAUUCUCGGCAAGUAUCGAGCGUACAAGACAUCAGGCGAUGAGCAUCACGCCGCGCUCUGGCCGGCGAUCUGGUUCCCGGUCGAUGCCGACACGAAGGAAGGGAAGGCGAAGUCGGAUGCAAUGCUGUCGGCCAUGAUUGAUCGCAUGUCCUUGUGCGCUGCGUAUGGGAAAGUCGCUGCUGCCGCGGCGAGGAAGGAGGGCGAAACGGAUGAGACGACGGCGUUGGUGGCACAGGCGCUAUCGGCCUCCGCUUGCGCCCUGUGGUGCUUAGUCGAGGGCGACGCCGCCCAGGUGGCCGAUGCUGUGCGCGAAGGGAAGGCGGCGGCGAUGGUGGUCGGUGCGAGCGGGAAUACCGGUGAUGAGUUCAUGAAGGUCAUGAAGGAGGUGCUGGAGGCCGCGAAGAGCAGGGAGAAACCCCUCGGGGAGGUUGCGUACAACGUCGCAACGGCGCUGGAGUCUACAGCUCUGGCGAGAGCCUAUCCGGGGUUGGAUGUUGAAGUCGAAGCCCAAGUGAUCGCACGAGCGACGGUGGAAACCAUGGCGUUCUGGGGAAUGUGCCCCAAGGAUGGGCCGAAACUCAAGAAGAUCGGCAUCGAGGUGCCGCUUGACGCGCAGAUGGCGAAGCUUAUCGAACACAGGGGGAGGAAGGGCCAGAGGGGCAAGCAGGGCAAGGACAGCUCGGGGAAGAAGGGCCAGAAGGGUAAGCAGGGCAAAGACAGCACGGCGGCUUAG